AUUCUGAAGACAUGAAAACAUGACUUUAAAGACCCUUACAAAACCUCAGAUAAAGCAGACCUCAAAAACUCUUAGAUCCCGCUUCAAUCUGCAACUCCACACUCACCAGCCUCUGCUGCAAACCCAUAAUGUUGCCUUGAAACCCCGGCCAGGCUCUAAACCUCCAAAUUUGUCAGAAGCACACCCUGUGUUCUGUAAAAGUCCGCAACAAGACCUUGUGUACCACAAUCACUUGCUUUUUCAAUGCUCUCGAGAGAACAGAAACAGAGGGGUUGUCGAUCUCUUUGUGGGAAUUCAUCGUUCGGGUUUUUUUAUUGAUGGGUCAACUCUUUCUUGUGUUUUAAAAGCUUGUUCGUUCUUGUUUGAUCGAAACUUUGGUAUUCAAGUGCAUAAUUAUAGUUUAAAGUCUGGUUUUUUGGAGGAUGUUAGUGUUGGUACUGCACUUUUGGAUAUGUAUUUGAAGAAUGAGAAUGUUGAAGAAGGGAGGAGAGCUUUUGAUGAAAUGGGGGCGAGGAAUGUAGUUUCGUGGACCUCAUUGCUCACAGGAUAUGCACAAAAUGGAUUGAAUGUGGAGACAUUGAAAUUGUUUCUUAGAAUGCUAGUGGAGGGCAUUAAGCCAAACCCAUUUACGUUUUCGGCUGUUAUUGGCGCCUUGACAGAUGAAGGGAUGGUUGAGGCGGGAAUUCAGGUUCAUACAAUGGUGAUAAAGAAUGGAUUCGGGGUUGCUACGUUUGCUAGCAAUUCUUUGAUUAAUAUGUACUUUAAGUCAGGGAUGAUUAGAGAUGCUAGAGCUGUUUUUGAUAGCAUGACAGAUAGGAAUGCUGUUAGUUGGAACAGCAUGGUUGCUGGUCUAGUAACAAAUGGGCUCCAUUUAGAAACUUUGUAUGUGUUUUACCAUAUGAGACAUGCUGGUGUAAAGCUCACCAAGAUGGUUUUUGCCCCUGUUAUUAAGCUGUGUGGUAAUAUUAAGGAAUUGGGUUUUUCCAGGCAGCUUCAUUGUCAGGUUUUAAAGAGUGGGUUUGAAUAUGAUAAGAAUAUUAGGACUACACUGAUGCUUGCUUACAGCAAGUGUGGGGAAAUGGAUAAUGCUUUCAAGAUAUUUUCUGUGAUGAGUGAUGAAGUUCGAAAUGUGGUGUCAUGGACAGCCAUGAUUAGUGGGUAUUUGCAGAAUGGCAUGGCAGAACAAGCUGUUAACCUGUUUUGCCAAAUGAGUAGGGAAGGUAUUAAACCAAAUGAUUUUACCUACUCUACUAUACUUACGGCUCAACCUGGUGCUUCUCCUUUUGAGAUGCACGCACAAGCCAUCAAAAGAAAUUACGUCAAGUCACCUUCUGUUGGAACUGCACUUUUAGAUGCUUAUGUCAAACGAGGGAAUGUUGAUGAAGCUUCAAAGGUUUUCCAAAGAAUAGAGGAGAAGGACAUCGUGGCAUGGUCGGCAAUGAUUUGUGGAUAUGCUCAAAUAGGAGACACUGAGGGUGCUGUUAGGAUAUUUGUACAAAUGGCAAAGAAGGGGAUUAAACCGAAUGAGUAUACCUUCUCUGGUAUCAUUAACGCAUGUGCAGCUCCUACUGCAGGAGUAGAACAAGGGAAACAGCUCCAUGCCUGGUCAAUUAAAUCAAGAUUCAAUAAUGCUCUGUGUGUUAGUAGUGCUCUUCUUACCAUGUAUUCAAAGAGAGGGGACAUUGAAAGUGCAUUUGAAGUUUUCAAGAGGCAAAGGGAGAGGGAUUUAGUGUCAUGGAAUUCUAUUAUCUCUGGAUAUGCACAACAUGGCUAUGGAAGGAAAGCUCUUGAAGUAUUUGAGGAGAUGCAGAGGCAAAACUUGGAGAUGGAUGGUGUAACAUUCAUCGGAGUCAUUUCUGCCUGCACGCAUGCUGGACUCGCAAAUGAGGGUCAAAGAUAUUUCGAUAUAAUGGUUAAAGAUCACCAUAUUGAGCCUAGAAUGGAGCACUAUUCUUGCAUGGUCGAUCUAUAUGGCCGGGCUGGAAUGCUUGUAAAAGCCAUGGAAAUCAUAAAUGAGAUGCCAUUUCCAGCAAGUGCAAAUGUGUGGCGAACUCUCUUGGCUGCUUCCUGUAUUCACCGUAAUCUAGAGGUGGGAAAACUUGCAGCAGACAAGCUCAUUUCUCUGCAGCCACAAAAUCCAGCUUCAUAUGUCCUGCUAACAAAUAUGUAUGCUUCCGUAGGAAACUGGAAAGAAAGAGCCAAAGUAAGGAAAUUGAUGGAGGAGAAGACAGUGAAAAAAGUAGCAGGGUACAGCUGGAUUGAGGUGAAGAACAAGACCUACACAUUUUUGGCGGGUGAUGUUUCUCAUCCGCUUUCUAAUCAAAUUUAUGCAAAACUUGAAGAGCUGAGUUGCCAGUUGAAGGGUGCUGGUUAUCAGCCUGAUACUAGCUAUGUGUUUCAGGAUGUUGAUGAGGAACACAAGGAGGCUAUUCUCUCUCAACAUAGUGAGAGGCUAGCCAUUGCUUUUGGAUUAAUUGGCACUCCUCCUGGAACUCCUCUCCAAAUUGUGAAGAACCUGAGAGUCUGUGGAGAUUGCCACGCUGUUAUUAAGUUAAUAUCAAUUCUAGAAGGCCGGGACAUUGUUGUCAGGGAUUCAAAUCGAUUCCAUCACUUUAAGGGGGGUUUAUGCUCUUGUGGUGAUUAUUGGUGACAUCAUAUUGGGUGUUGGUAACCUCCAUUGACAGCCUGAGGUCAACAGUACCAUAAUCUAGGCCAAGGAGCCACAUUAACUUUAUACACUGCGUAAACUUUCAGAAAAACAGAAACAUAGGGUUGCAUAGUGAUGUUUACUCUCUACGUGACAGCUUUGUGGUAAAAAGGCUUUGAAGAAGAAUUUGACAGCUGAAUUCAUUUGAGCAUGUUCUUUCAAGAGUAAGAGUGUGGUGUGAUUGCUGUUCACGUCCAAGUAAAUUGAUGGUUUGAUCAAUUUUGAAAAGAACAUCCACCGAUGGUGAUUAUAUUGGCAGAGAAGUAGAGAAUGCUGAUUUACGAUACACUUUGCGUAAAAGAGAUCCUCACACUAACUGGGCAAGUGGCUCCAUGAAGUCGGGUGCGUUUUACUGUUCUAGCAACCAAAGCCCCAUAGCAUGUGGCAAUCAACUUUGGCUGGCCAGUCAUCAUUCAGUAAUCACUUUAUGCUUUACUGUCAUUCAUACAAUUCAUUCAAGUACAUACGAGCUUAUCUAUAUCUACAUGUCUGCACAUAAUAGUUUAUUACGGUUAAAUUUGCCUUUGGGCUCGUUCAUGGUUGUUUCUUGUUAAUAAAAAAUUUUACCAUGGUUAUAGAAAUUUUGAAUGGCCAUCAUUUGUAAUGUAUUUGCAAUGUUGAACGGUUAUUUUCAGGGAUGAUGAUGACACCGUGGGCCGAAUUUCUUGAUAUUUAUUUAGUGAGGAAUUUAAAUAUUUAUAAUUUAUUUA